UGAGAUACGACGGAAGACGUGGAUAUAAGCUACACCCACAACCGAACCGACGCAAAUAAACGCAUUCCCCACCAAGCCCGGCGUUCCUGGUGAUCCCGGCAGUUUAGCAAUCCUCGGCCGUUACACAGUGAAGGAAUGUAUAUAGAAGGGGAUCACCCGUCGAUUAACGUGUAGCUCACGACGACACCACUUUUUGCGACUCCGUCCCCCCUUCGACGGCGCCUGUCCAUCGUCAACAUGGCGGCUUCACACCUCCCCCGCCACAUUCAGAACAUGAGCGAGGCGUCCGCUCUGGAACCGCAUUGGGGGUAUGCGGACCGCGCCGUGCCCUGCACCAACGACCCAGGUUCCUGCGCAUACUUGGACGUCGUCUAUCGCAGCCACGAUUUGGGAAUGUACUAUACGGGAAUAAUCUGGGCGACGAUUGGCAGCAUUCUCCUCGUGUGGGCUAUCACCAGACAAGUCUGUCGCCGACAGACCUCCGGUGUUCGACUACCUGCUGCUCAGGCAGGAGAAGAUCCCAAAGUAAGAGGAAGCGCACUUCAACGACUCUCCUCUGCGAUCCGUGCAUACGCAAGAAGAUACCUCCUCCCAGACGCCUCCCGCACCAUCUUCGGCCGCACCACUCGCACCCAAGUGCUCACCCUCACCGUCCUCACCGGCUACCUCACCAUCUGGUCCUUCGUCGGCAUCGUCUACGGAAAAUGGGUCACCCCCGUCAAGAAGCUUCCCGGCGUGUACAACACGCGCACAUCUCUAGGUCCCUUCGCCGACCGAGUGGGCGUCCUCGCAUACGCCCUAACUCCUCUGUCCAUCAUGCUGUCGAGUCGCGAAUCCAUCCUCUCGCUCGUAACGGGGCUCCCGUAUCAGAGCUUCAAUUUCCUGCAUCGCUGGCUCGGAUACAUCAUUUUCGCGCAAUCCGCCCUGCACACCAUCGGCUGGUGCGUCGUGGAGUUGCGUCUCUACCAGCCUCAGCCGCAAGUCGGCCUCGAUUGGAUUAAGCAGCUGUAUAUGAUCUGGGGCGUCAUCGCGAUGUUCUUCCUUACCAUCAUGGUGGUGCUGUCAACGCCCUGGGGUAUCCGUCUUACCGGAUACGAAAUCUUUCGAAAAGCGCACUACGUCCUCGCAAUGCUGUACAUCGGCGCCUGCUGGGGCCACUGGGAACAGCUGAAAGUCUUCCUCUUGCCGUCCCUGAUCGUAUGGUUCCUGGACCGCGCAAUCCGGCUCGUGAGAACGGCUCUCCUGCAUUACAAUUUCCUCCCGUCCGGAAACAUGGGUCUCCGCUAUGCAGAUGCGAAUAUCACCUUUUUACCGGACGAAAAGAGUGGCGAUGUUGUGCGCUUGGAUUUCGAGCACCCCCAGGAUGCGUGGAAUGUAGGGCAGCAUUUCUACCUCUGCUUCCCCGAGAGCUCGAUUUGGCAGGCCCAUCCUUUUACUCCUCUUAGUCUUCCAGUGUACAAUGCCGAUACGCAGAAGCACUCGUAUGUUUUCCGCGCGAAGAAGGGCGAAACAAAACGGAUUGCCGAACUCUCCGCUCGUCGUGCUGCACGUUCCUUGCAGAAGCUAGAAGGGCAGUCGGAGUCGAAAGCGGAUGCUCAGCUUUCAGUCGUAGUAAACGGACCCUACGGCGAACAUAUCACUCGCGACUUGCCCUCUGAUACGAACGUUCUCUGCAUAGCAGGUGGGACGGGAAUUACUUACGUGCUCCCCGUCCUUCUGGACCUGGCUGCGCGCCCUCGCACCCCAGAUCGCCACAUCUCGCUCGUUUGGGUAUGUAGACAUAGGAAAGAUUUGGAGUGGGUCGCUCCUGAAUUGGAAAUUCUAAAGCUUGAGGCGAAAACGCUGGGACUGAAGAUGCAUGUAUUUCUUACGCGUGCCGCUGAGGAGCAUGAGGGCGUUGCCGAUCCGAACGUCCUUCCGGGCAAGCCAAAGGAGAAUGACGAGGGCGCUAAAGAGAAACAUAUCACUCAUGAGAUAAGACCAACUGGUUCUUCAUCAUCGGGUUCUUCAUGCUUUUCUGGGGACCGAUUAUCCCUACACGGCGUAUCGAUGUCGGACCUCAUGCUCGAUCAUGUUCUCAACCGUCCGAACCUCGAGGAGAUUGUGAAGGACUUCGUUCAGCAGAAUGUAAGGGGGAGAACGCAGGUUUUUGCAUCGGGUCCGGGGGAGAUGGUGAGCGAGUUGCGGAAGGUGGUAGCAGGGGUGAAUAACGGAGGCAAAGUCUGGAAGGGAGAGGAGAGAUGGGAUGUCCGAUUGACUUGUGAUGAUCGAUUGGAGUGGUAGGGCGGGGAGAGGAGAUGACGAGGAUGACGUGCUUUAUGAUACCCUUUCUUUCUUUCGAUAUUUCAGAGCGAUCCCGACAGGAGA